AUACACACAUGAGACACCCGGAAAAGAGAAACUCUUCCCUUCUAGAGAUUUUGAGCUGCAGGGAACUUCAAAACUUCACGCAAUUCCCGACGAUUUCAGCACACAGAUGGUUAGGAUUUUCCAAUUAAUAGACCUAGCAACGAUCACUACCUACCUGUGUGUAUGUGUUAGUUAAAAUUGUCUGUAUAAGUGACUAGUAAAACACAUGUUUGGAUUUCAAAGGAAAAGAAAAUUUAUGAGGAAGUUGUAACGUGAAGGAUUUUUAAUAAGUAUGGAACUGUGGUGAAUUUUUUUUAAAAGAUGUUGAGCGACCAAUAAUCGUUGGGAAGUGGGAGUGAAUUUAUUAAAGAACCACGUUGAAUCACGCAAAAGCUUAAAACCAGAAAGACAAGACUGGCUGCAUAGAACUCAAGUGAAUAUUGCAAAUCCGGUGCUGUCGACAGUACGGAGCAGCUGGAUUUUGGGAAGUCUUGGUCACCUUUACAAGUUUGGGAGCUGUCAGUGCUGCAGACGAUCGGCGCUGAAGAUUUGACAAACAUGAAACGACGAGAUGACAGUCCAAGAUAAGUUCUCACUCUGAGAUCGUCACCGAUGGGACCAAGCAUGCUGCAUUUAUCUUCCUGGAGAAGGCGUUGCUGGAAAUCCUGGCUGCUGGCAGGGUUGGUACUGGGAUGUAGCGCACUCCACGGGGCUCAGGCUGCAAAUCAGAAGCUAAGGAGAUCCCAGUGGAUAAACAGGCCCCGACAACGGCGACAGGUGUGGAUUGGUGAAUGGUCAGGGUGGAGCAGUUGGAGUGUCUGUUCCGGCACUUGUGGUGGGGGAGCAUCUUUCCGGAUCAGGCGUUGCCUGAGAUAUGUCAAUGCAGAAGACUGUCAAGGAGAUCAGAGACAAUACAGAGUAUGCAAUGUUCAGGCGUGCCCUCCAGGGUCCACCGAUUUCCGGAAGUUUCAGUGUUCACUUUAUAACAACAAACCAAUCCGGGGCAACAUGGUGAUUCAACAGUGGCUUCCAUUCUACGGGGCUCCCAACCAAUGUGAUCUCAACUGCCUGGCCAAAGGGAAGAACUUUUACUACAGAUUUGGUUUUGUUCUAGACGGGACGAAAUGCAGCCCAAACUCAUCGGAUAUGUGCAUCAGUGGACGGUGUCUGAAAGUAGGCUGUGACAGCAUCCUCGGCUCGGAUGUCAGAACGGAUGUCUGCGGGGUGUGCGGUGGACGGAACAACUCAUGUGCCCUGGUCCGGAGAGUCUACCAUUCAGCAUUCCCCUCUUCUGGUUACUUUGGUUACAAUAAUGUGACAGUGAUCCCUGCGGGAGCCACGAACAUCAAAGUUACAGAUAACAGCAGGAAUUACCUUGCAUUAAUAAAUGGCAAGAAUCGUUAUGUGAUUAAUGGGAACUGGGUCAUUGACUGGCCCGGAGAAUAUGAAAUUGCUGGUACCAAGAUCCAAUACAAACGUUCAGCUGGCAAUCAUGAAUCCAUUGAGGCUGCAGGACCAACAGCAGAAGAUCUCCAUUUGAUGGUUCUCUUGCGAGAGGCAAACUCGGGGAUUGAAUACGAGUAUUGGCUUCCUAAAGAACGCUACGGGCAUUACCAAGGUGGCCAUAGUCCACUGAGACAACCGGAGACCGCUGUGAUAGAGGCUGACAUUCCUUUGAGUUAUCUGCCCUGGGCACAAACCAGCACUACAGUCUCCACAACCACCAGAAAGCCAGCUCUCUACCCAGGCUGGAUUUACCCCACAGCACGACCACAAGUUCGGCCUCAUCAAGACAGCCAGUUUCAAAAUGUGAUGCCGAGGCAUGAGCCGAAGCCCACCCACCAUCAGCCCAGUUACUGUAGAAGAUGUAAGAAAUCAAAAGGAAAAUCUCAAAGGAUUCAACAGUACUGCCAGAAAGAUUUUGUUUUUCGUGGAAAAAUCCUUGGGAAGAAGAUUGUUGGUUCAGAGACUCGAUACGAUGUACAAGUCAAGGAAACAUACAAGAACCAGUACCCAAUAGUUCACAGAGAAUAUGUCUGGGUGCCAAACACAUGUGACUGUCCUUACAUUCUAGAGAAGCGAGAGUACAUCAUGAUGGCAAGGAGACACGUGAACUUUGAGCAGACACUGAACCGAAUCCUUCUGGAACACAACAGCUUUGUGAGACUCUGGCAGCCCAGGGAAGACAUGCUGAUGCGAGACAUGGACAAGUACUGCCAACGGUACUCCUAAAGGAAUGUUUGCCAUGACAAGGAAUUUAAAACCCAAUGCUUUAUUGGCUUAUAUAUGGAAAGAGUUCUCGACACUGUGUAAGGAAACUAUAUAAUUUCAUCAAAUACAUUUAACCAGCCAUUCGAAGCCUAUGUUAUGCUUCACUUCCUAAAUCAACAAUAGCAAUCACUGGAGGAUGUUAUGCGAUGAUGUUUCUAUGGGCCAAGGCAAAAAUGUGUCGCACUGAAUUAUUAGAAAUGAGUUAUUAUAGCUGCCUUAUCCUGGCCCAACUGAAGUGAAACAAAGCAAGUCUUCACAUUGGAAGGAGCAGUCAGACAACUUUUGAAGUUGAUAUACUGUUAAUUCUGAACAUGUUCUGACACCAGGAAUGUUCUCUAUGAUGAACCUUUGCACCAUUACACACAAGAUUGUCUAUAAUCACAUGAGAUUCUGCAGAUGCUGGAAAUCCAGGGCAACAAACACAAAUUGCUGGAAGAACUCAGCAGCCCAGCAGAUUGUCUGUAAUGGCAGAAGCUAUAUAUUCAAGGGAGCACAACUACAGUAACAUUGUUGAAUCUCAAAUUAAUGCACUUAAUUGUUGCACCCCAGGUAUUAAACACGUCCAAUCUCUGAAAGAUGCUUCCAUCUUUGGACAGUUUUUCGGUAUUUUCUUUAAAUAUCACUGAUCAACAGAAUACCUGGCAUAUUCUGAAUUUUGGGUGAUGAAUUGUAUGCCUGGUCCAAUCCCCUUAUUACAACUAUUUAAGUUCUUGUAUUCUCUGUCUCACUAGUAAAAUGAGGCUCAUCACUUUUCAUGGUACUUUAUGUAUCUAAGCAUCAAAGACUUUUCAGAAAACAUUUUGUUGUUCACCCUGAUAUUAAAAUUGUCAGAUAUUAAUUAUCUUCAA